UUUCUUUCGAAAACUUUGAAGAUGUCGAACAUUAAAAGGAAGAAGACCAGAAAGCUGCGUGGUCAUGUGAGCCAUGGUCAUGGUCGUAUUGGCAAGCAUCGUAAGCAUCCUGGUGGUCGCGGUAAUGCUGGUGGUAUGCACCAUCACCGAAUCAACUUCGACAAAUACCAUCCUGGUUACUUCGGCAAAGUUGGUAUGAGAAACUUCCAUUUGCGUCGCCAGCAUAAAUUUUGCCCAACAAUAAACUUGGACAAAUUAUGGUCUCUGGUUGGGGCUGAUAAAUUAAGUGAGCUGAAAAAGGAGAAAAGUAACAAAGCCCCAGUCAUCGAUUUGGUGCAGUUCGGUUAUUAUAAAUUAUUGGGUCGUGGACAUUUACCCAAGCAACCCGUGAUUGUUAAGGCUAAAUAUUUCUCAAAGAAGGCCGAAGACAAAAUCAAACAAGCUGGUGGUGUCUGCUUAUUGAGAGCUUAAUUUUAAGGUUCUGUUUCCAACUAAACUUACAUGUAAACAUCAAACAUGUAUGCAUUUUAUAAUAAAAUAAAAAGUAAAAAAAAAAAAAAUGGAAAUUUAGUUUUUCUGAAAAA